AUGGCAGGUACAGACAAGUUGUCUUCACAGUCAACGACCGCUGCAAAAGUUGAGACGCACCGAGCAUUUGUAUCCACGUAUUUGCUCAUGAAAGAGAUAGGACAAGGCUCGUUCUCCAUCGUUCAUCGCGCGGUCAAUCGUCGAACUGGGAUUGUGUGUGCAGUGAAAUGCUGCGAAUCGUCGCAGGCACUUCGUCAAGAGGAGCAACUGCUUCACUCUCUGUCGCACCCAAAUGUGGUCAGCCUCGAAGGCGUGUACGAGCGGGACAAGAACGUCCAUUAUGUGGUCAUGGACUAUAUGAAAGACGGAGACUUGUGUGACUUGCUCAUCCAAGAGCAGCACCUGCCCGAAUCCACAGCACGAGGCAUUAUUCGGCAAGUAGCUGAGGCACUGGCAUAUCUGCACGGUCGUUGUGUGCUACAUCGCGACAUCAAACCAGAAAACAUCCUGAUCCACGGCGACAUGGUCAAGAUUGCAGAUUUCGGACUGGCAAAGCAGCUCGUGCAGCAGACCGCUAUGCUCACACACGGCUGCGGGACGCUAGAGUAUGCGGCACCCGAAGUACUUUGCAGCCGACCGUAUGGUCUCAAGUCUGACGUGUUCAGCCUAGGCAUCGUGCUGUACGUGCUGCUCUUCGGGGCAUUUCCAUUUAGUAUCGACUCCACCGCAGCUUUGCAGCGUAUCCAUCACUUUCCAAAAAGGGUCGACGUGCGUAAUAUGAGGUGCCUCGACGAUCAACCAAACGUCCAUUGGCAAACAGUAAGCCCCCUCGCACAAGAUGUACUGCAGAAGAUGUUAAAAACAAGUGACCUCGAACGCAUUUCUGCUCAAGACUUGCUGGACCAUCCUUGGUUCACCGGUGCUGAUACCAAUAUGCUGGCGUCCGUCAACAGCAAUCUAAAAGCAUCAGAGCUGUCACGGGUAGAAGACUGUGAAGCGAUGGGGUUCGCCGAGCUGCUAUCUAGGGGCUUCCCGGUCGUCAAACACGGGCACGAAAGAUCGACAACUCGCACCACUUCGCUGAGCCUCAACUUCGUAGACUUAUGCGUCUCAUGGACAGCUCGAAAAAAUCCAAUGCCGACAGGGGCGGCAACGGACAGCAACGGAAACGCAACAGGCUGCCGUACUAAGCAAAGACGUACCAUUCCACUUCGUGAAAUCAACGAGAUUCGAGAGGGCCACUCAGCCAGAGCAUUUUCGCCUUUCGAAAGCGUAAGUCCCGUGAUACCAUCUGAGCUCUGCUUGUCAAUCAUCUGCGCUCGGCGAACGCUUGAUCUUCAGGUAGAAUAUCAGAGCCAACGGGACUUUCUGGUACGUGGGCUACGACGUUUAUUGGCCUUCGAGACCUGA